AUGGCCUGCGCAAACCAUUCCAGAGCGUCCUCCAUCCAUCCACUAUGGCCACACCCCCCUCCCCUCCCCUCCCAGGGCAAGCGAGAUAAGAACGCUCGGCCCACACAACCGCGCCCCUACCAGCCCAGGCAACCAGCAACCGUCCACCAAACCGUUCCAGCUGCCCUCACGCCCCCCCAUGGCCCCCUCCGCACCAAUCACCAGCCUGCCCUCAACUGCAAGUCGCUUGCACGCUUAUAUCCAACACGAGCACGAGCAGCCUGCAUGCACUCCUCCCUCACUAUACUACAUACGCGACCACAGACAGCCCCCACGCUCCUCCUCUUUGCCCAGAUGCAGACGUCCUUCGUUGCUGCAGGACCCUAG